GUGCAAAAUAAAUAUAAAAUAAUAUUCCUGUGAUGGAAUCCUAUAAGAAAAAUGAACCUACAAAUACCUUAACAAAGAGACAUUUCGCUUCAAUAAAUUCAAGAAUACAAAACAAAUAUGAACAAAUGCAGAAAAGGCUGGAAAAAUCAAAAUCUGUUGAUUCACUGACUGGUUUACAUGAUAGUUUCGUUUUUAUACAAGCAAAUACAGUUGAUGAAAUUUCAAAACAAAGAAGAGAUGGAAACCUAUCUAAAGAUAAUAAACCGCAGGAUACUUUUAAAGUUACUGUCGAAGAAAUUCCCGUAAGUGCUACUUUGCUUCAAGAAGUGAAUGAAACAUAUGACGUUUCGUAUUCUGAAACGUUUAAUGAAACAGAAAGGAACAUCGAUAAAUUAUUCGACGGGCAAUAUGAGUAUAGCCUGACCACGAGUACCAGUCUGGAGUCUUUAAACACAUUAAAUACUGAGAGCACGGAGUAUGAAGAGUCGCUACCGCCGCCAUCGCCACCAGUGCACAAAACUACGAUACGUGAUAAAAUCGGAUCUCGAAUAGCAGCUGUUAAGGAAAGGCGAAAAGAUAAGAAGAAAGAGGCUCGAGAAAAAAUGGAAAAGUUGAUUCUGAGUAACACAACCAGACAAGACAUUGCGAAAAUCGUCAAGAAGACGAAAGUGGGCACGGUUACCAUUGCGCUCAUCGAGGCCACUGGGUUAGAAAGAGAUAUCACGGAGGAAAAGCCACGUAUGUUAUUUUGCCGUUUUCGGUUAGGAUCAGAAAAAUAUAAAUCUAAACCAAUAAAAAGCCUAGUGUCGUCUGUCAAAUGGCAAGAAUUAUUCAACAUUAAUUUAUUCGAGGAAAAUAUGCUGGAAAUCUCAUUAUGGGACAAAGACAUAUUUCUCGGAAGGAGCGACAUAGAUCUGUCAGAAACGGAGAAGGAAAAGACCCACAAAAUGCGUUUGGAUUUGAAGGGGUCUUCCUCGAACGUCCAAUUAUUCAUCCUGCUCACUAUCAGCGGGGUGACUCUAGAGAAUAUCGCUUUAGACAUGGAGGAAUACGAUAGCCAAAGGAAACUAAAACAGCUUAAACGUGCCUGGUUUCGACUAAGAGAUGACUACGCCGACGUGGGAUGCUUAUCAGUUUUCGUAUACGGAGGAAAGGGAUUAUCCGCAAACGAUUGCUACUGUGUUUUACAACUGAACAAUGACAGAUUGCAGACACCCACUGAAUUCAAGACCAACGAUCCAAAUUGGAUGAAAAUAUUUACAUUCACAGUAACGGACAUCACAUCAAUCCUAGAAGUCACUAUUUUCGAAGAAAAGAAGUCUGAAAUAGUUGGAAAGAUCUCAAUACCUCUCCUAAGAAUAAAUAAUGGAGAAAAAAAAUGGUAUGCCCUUAAGGAUAACACACAAAGAGAAAGAGCUAAAGGAUCUAAUCCAAGAAUACUUUUGGAAAUGAAAGUGACGUGGAACCUUCCGAGAGCAUCUCUUCGAGUCAUCAAUCCAAAAGAAGAAAAGUAUUUGGAUCCAGUAGAUAAACUAGACAGGCAAAUUUUCGCAAGAAAUCUAUCGCGAGCUAAAGCAGUGGGCGCGUGGAUAGUGGAUGCAUUCAAAGUUGUAAAAACCUGUUUCGAAUGGGAAUCUAGGAAGUGGAACAUGAUCGCGCUACUGGUGUGGCUGGUGAUGUGUUCCAUCUUCAGGGUCUGGAUGCUGCCGCUGUUGCUCCUCUUGCCGUUCAUUUGGUAUCGCCCUGAUAACUACUUCUUGUUCUCUUGGAGGAGGUAUUUUAAGGAAGACAGUAUAGCAGCAACCACAGAUGACCAAACUAAAAACGAAAAGGAAGAAAAGACAUCUUUAAGGCAAAAAAUUAACUCUUUGCAAGAAAUGGUACAGUCAGUUCAGAAUACCAUCGGCAAACUAGCUAGUUACGGCGAAAGCGUAAAAAACUUAUACAACUUUACUGUGCCUUUCCUGAGUUUUCUAACCAUCACUAUCAUUUUGGUAAUAGCUAUGGUAAUGUUCCUCAUUCCUGUCAAAUAUAUUUUCAUGCUGUGGGGCAUUCACAAGUUUACGAGAAAAAUCCUCCGCCCGAACAGAAUACCUAAUAAUGAAAUACUAGACUUACUAUCUAGGGUGCCUGAUGAUGAGAUUUUGCUAAACUGUCAAGAAUUAGUGUUAGAAGAAACAUCAGAAGAUGAUGUCCAUUGA